AUGGCCGAGACCAAGGGCAUGCACGAGCAGACCACCGGGUGCCUCCCCGUCGACCAGUCCUGCUUCGCGCUCUCCCGGCUGUCCAGCGCGUACCGCAACAGCAGCAACGCCCGCAACAACGACCCGGCCUGCUGCUCCACCACCUCCUACCUCGAGGUCCUCGGCAUCUCCUUCGCGUCGCUGCUCAUCAUCCUCUUCGUGCUCUGCAUGAUACGCUGCUACCUCAUGCGGCGGGCCGUGAACCGGGUCACGGUGGGGUCGGCCGCGGCGGGGGCGGCCGCGGCGGUCAAGAAGCGGCCCGUUGGCCUUGGGGAGGACGCCAUCGCGGCGCUGCCAAAGUUCGAGUACCGGGACACCGGCGAGGAGAGCGACCGGUGGGAGUGCGCGAUAUGCCUAUGCACGAUGGCCGACGGCGAGGUCGCCAGGCAGCUGCCCAGGUGCAUGCACGUCUUCCACCGGACCUGCGUCGACAUGUGGCUCGUGGCGCACACCACAUGCCCCAUCUGCCGGGCCGAGGUGGUCAAGCCGGCGGAUGACAACCACAGUUGCGCGAAGAGGCCGGCCGCGGAGGCGGAGGCCGGGCCUUCGUCCGCCUCGGCGUCGGCGUUAUUGCAGGAUGGCGAGAGGGAUUUGGAGGCGCAAUUGUAG